AUGACGCUUCGUCUUUCCACUGCUCCGCAGCGCGUCUCUCUGCCUACUCCUCUUGCGUCCUCUCUUCCUGCCCUUGCUAACCCGGAGUCUGACUCUCUUCGUGCUGCUAGUCCUACUGUCACGCGUCUCCUGGCCACUGUUGUCACUGACCCUUCCUUUGAGUCAGCUGCUACGUUUGCCUUAGUUGCUAAGCUUGUCGACUUUGCUGCUCACUGUCGUCUAGACUACGCUGCCAGUCUUGUUGCUGAGUCUGAGUCUGUCUAUCCUCCGUCCGUCGGGGGUGAGUGUGCUCUUGGCACGGACGUCCUUGAGGAUAGGCAGGAGGAGUUUGAGUGCUUUGCCGCUGCUGUACCUCAUCUCGUGUCCAUGCUGAUUGCACCUGAGGGAGACCCGGAUGCACCAAACAUCCCGACCCCGCGCUCUUACGCUGAGGCGAUUGCGGGUGAGUACUCCACUCCGUGGCAGGUGAAGCGGCCGCCAGGUUCUCCGCCUGACUUCAAGGCUCGUUACAUUGCUCGAGGCUUCAGUCAGCAAGAAAGCGUUGACUUCUUCCAGACCUUCUCCCCCACCCCGAAGAUGACCACUCUUUGGGUGCUACUGCACGUUGCCUCUCAACGUGACUACGAGCUUCACUCUCUUGACUUCAGCACAGCUUUCUUGCAGGGCAGCCUGCACGAGGAGAUCUGGCUGCGCCGCCCUCCUGGCUUAACUGGGUCAUUCCCUCCUGGAGCCUCCGGCGGCCAGUCUACGGUCUCCGCCAGGCGCCACGUGAGUGGCACGACACACUGA